AUGUAUAUGAUGUAGCAGUGAUGUUUAGGCAUUCUAACCCCAAACCCAUCUGCCAGUCAUCUCUACCAUUUCACAGAGUACUGAGUGGCCCACCACCGCCUCAUGGUACCCAACAAAAAUUCUAUAAGAAUACACUCUCAGUAGUGAGCUUGGUUCUUUCUUUCUUUCUUUCAAUUGAUUUUAUAUCUCAAGCUUGGCCUUUGGAGACUCCUUUGAGAUGAUGAAUGGUUCAAAUCUGGUGGUUGAAUUGCAGGGUGGGUGUUGAGCACUAAACUAACCAUUGGGUCACUGUCUGUCAAGUGCUGAAAUCUGUGGAAAUGUCAAUACCCAAUUCAGACAUGUCUCACAAUGGAAAUAUAAGGCAUGUUGAUUCCUUAUGUAGUGUGGCAGAAAUUGAAGAAAUUGAUUUUUCAAAGUUGUUAGACCGACCAAGCCUUCUGAAUAUGGAGAGAAAAAGAUCAUUUGAUGAGAGGUCACUCAGUGAACUAUCUGUUGCGUUGUCCCCACGUCACUCAUCAAGAAAUGCUGAUAACUCUUCCAGAUUUUUUGACCAUCCUGAAUAUUUAUUUUCACCCGGUAGAAGGUCAUUCAUUGGCACCCCUAGGUCACUGACUGGCUUUGAGCCACAUCCAAUGGUUGCUGAAGCCUGGGAAACUUUGAGGCGUUCGUUGGUGUUUUUCCGUGGUCAGCCAGUUGGGACAAUUGCUGCAACAGAUACCUCUGAAGAAAAACUUAACUAUGAUCAGGUGUUUGUCAGAGACUUUGUCCCCAGUGGAUUGGCUUUUUUGAUGAAUGGUGAACCUGAAAUAGUUAAAAAUUUUAUCUUGAAGACUCUGCGUCUUCAGUCAUGGGAGAAAAAGAUUGAUAGGUUCCAUUUAUCCAGCUAUAGAAAAGUAAUGCCAGCUAGUUUCAAAGUACUCCAUGAUCCAGUCAGGAACAGUGAGACUUUAAUAGCAGAUUUUGGCGAGAGUGCGAUAGGAAGAGUUGCUCCUGUUGAUUCUGGAUUUUGGUGGAUCAUAUUGCUUCGAGCAUACACAAAAUCCACUGGAGACUCUUCAUUAGCAGAACUUCCUGAAUGCCAGAAGGGUAUGCGGCUUAUUCUAAGUUUAUGUCUAUCGGAGGGGUUCGACACAUUUCCAACCCUUCUUUGUGCUGAUGGAUGCUGCAUGAUUGAUCGUAGAAUGGGUAUCUAUGGGUACCCCAUCGAAAUUCAGGCUCUUUUCUUCAUGGCUUUAAGAUGUGCUUUGGCGUUGCUUAAGCAAGAUGAUGAGGGGAAGGAGUUUGUAGAGCGCAUAGUAAAACGCCUUCAUGCCUUGAGCUAUCACAUGAGAAGUUACUUUUGGCUAGACUUUAAGCAGUUAAAUGACAUAUAUCGAUAUAAAACUGAAGAGUACUCACAUACAGCAGUCAACAAGUUCAAUGUGAUACCAGAUUCUCUUCCAGACUGGGUCUUUGAUUUUAUGCCAACUCGUGGUGGUUACUUUAUUGGGAAUAUCAGUCCCGCCAGAAUGGAUUUCCGUUGGUUUUGCUUGGGUAAUUGUAUAGCGAUUCUUUCAUCCUUGGCAACCCCCGAACAAUCCAUGGCAAUAAUGGAUCUCAUAGAAUCACGAUGGGAAGAAUUGGCAGGAGAAAUGCCACUAAAGGUUUGUUAUCCAGCUAUAGAAAGUCAUGAAUGGCGGAUUGUAACAGGCUGUGACCCGAAAAAUACGAGAUGGAGCUACCACAACGGAGGGUCUUGGCCAGUGCUGUUAUGGCUUCUCACUGCUGCAUGCAUCAAGACUGGGCGGCCCCAGAUUGCUAGACGUGCCAUUGAACUUGCAGAGAGCAGGUUGCUGAAAGACAAUUGGCCUGAAUACUAUGAUGGGAAACUUGGCCGUUACGUUGGGAAGCAGGCCCGUAAAUUCCAGACCUGGUCAGUUGCGGGGUACUUGGUAGCAAAGAUGAUGUUGGAAGAUCCGUCUCAUUUGGGUAUGAUAGCGCUCGAGGAAGACAGACAGAUGAAGCCGGUAAUGAAGAGAUCAAAUUCAUGGACUUGCUAAAUUCAAUUAGUCAACCUACGACCUACUCGCCUGCUUUUGUGUUGGAGUUGUUACUGUUCAUUUGAAGUCUUUUGGGCAGAAGUCAGCACCAGAAUCCCUUCAUUCAAAACUGCUGGGAAAGUAGGAAUUAUCUGAAUGCUACAUCAUGGAUGAAUCUAACACUCGGUCUCAUCGGAUAAAACCAAGUUGUACUGGAUUAUUGCCCAAAUCAGUUUCCCAGGGUUUCUCAGAGUUCUCAGAUCAUGUUUCCUGAAUGGGUUAAACCAAUAUACGUUCCUGAUAAAAUGUUGUACAUGUAGAAUUCUUCUUUCUUUUUCUUAUUGGACAUGCAGAACUCUUUUUUGAAAUAUGAUUCUAGACAAAACAAAACAAGAAAUAGAA